AAUCAAAGUAUCUGGUCAAAUAAAGCUGUAUUAUAUAAAGAACAGCGUUUUCAGUAUGACACCGCAUUCCCUCGUUGGAAAGAUGAUAUUGCAGCUGGGUGCUCGUGAAAGGUGAUAUUGUGGCGCAGACAGUAGUUAGUUUGUUACCAUUCUAUGUAGCGCACGUCAUCUAGUGAGGUUCAAAGGGCUGUUUUGUGGAGCGGGAUGGGUGUGGCGUCUUCAGUAUUGUGUUUUUAACGAUAGAUGUGCGGAGUCGAAAACAAAAUAUAAUGGACUUAAAAGCCCCUCGUGGACGCUGAACUGAAUUUUGGAAAAUGCCUCACUGUUGACGCAUCGUAAGUCUCCCUAUCAUGGACAUCCAGGUUGUGUUUACAGCCUUGGAGGCAGUGUGUAAAGAAAACAUCACUGUUUUGUCUGGGCCUCCUGACCUGCCAUAUGGUGACGUUGCCAGGCGUUUGGUGACAUCUUUCCGACAGAUUCAGGAGCAUGGCCACACCCUGGAACCUGUAGUUCUUGGCUUCACCACUGUCUACCAUCACUACGAUUUUGACGCACAUACCCCUGGAAAUGGUUACCGCACACUGGUCAAGGUGUUGCAGUCCUGCCUCUUUCACAUCAUCCACAAAGGCCGCUACAUCUCCUCCAGCUGCCGCGGCACCUUCUUCCGGGCGGAGCACAACGCCUCAGAGAUGGAGGCCUACUGCAGCGCCCUGUGCCAGCUGCGCGCCCUCCUCUACCUCGCCCAGCGGCUGCUCCACGACAACAGCCACGGGGAGCUGUACUCCCUGCAGGACAGCGUCCUGAGCAGGAGGUUCGUGCAGGAGUACACCUCCAUGCACAAGGCCUGCUUCUACGGCCGCUGCCUGGGCUUCCAGUUCUCAACCACGCUUCGUCCAUUCCUGCAGACUGUAGUUAUAAGCAUGGUCUCAUAUGGAGAGAGUUAUGGAAAACAGCAGUCUGGAAUAGGUAUGGCAGCAUUCUCUCUCCUCACAUCUGGGAAGUAUGUUAUUGAUCCAGAGCUGAGGGGGGAGGAGUUUGAGCGGAUAACCCAGAACCUCGAUCUGCAGUUCUGGAAGUCCUUCUGGAACCUCACGGAAUCUGGGCUGAUAUCGGGUUUUCAGAGAAUGGGCUCUAACCAAGUGCAGGUAAACCUCACCCUGACCAUACCUCCUCUGCCUUUAAGCCUGCCUCUGGCCUCAGACCCGAGUCUCUCUGCCUCCGUGUCCCCUCCUCUGGCUCACACUGGCCCCGGGCCUGUCCACAUGCGCCUCAUUUCCUGUGACCUCAGAGAGGGACAGGACAGUGACGAACUGCUGUCCUUCUCUCGAUCGGACGCUCCGCCCCUCUCCUUGUCCAUCAUCAACAGGCCCCAGAAAAGCCCACGAUCACCCUGGCUGCUCAUCCACUUCCACGGGGGAGGCUUUGUGGCCCAGACCUCCAGAUCCCAUGAGAACUAUUUGAGAAGCUGGUCUAAGGAUCUGUGCUGUCCCAUCCUGUCAGUGGACUACUCUCUGGCCCCCGAGGCCCCCUUUCCCAGGGCUCUGGAGGAGUGCUUCUACGCCUACUGCUGGGCGCUGAAGAACUGUCACCUCCUGGGCUCCACAGCAGAGCGCGUGUGUCUGGCUGGGGACAGUGCCGGGGGGAACCUCUGCAUCACGGUGUCUAUGAGGGCCCUAGCGUGCGGCGUGCGUGUGCCUGAUGGCAUCAUGACUGCCUACCCCGCUACCCUGCUCACCAUCGACGCCUCCCCAUCCCGCCUGCUCACCCUCAUCGAUCCUCUGCUGCCUUUAGGGGUGCUUUCCAAAUGCCUCAAUGCCUACGCAGGAAAUGAACGUCAGACUGUCCGCGCUUCUUCGGGGGUCAACUCGCUGAGUGCUCUGGGCAGAGACACAGCGCUGCUGUUCAACGACCUCAAACAAGGAGCCUCCAGCUGGCUCCAGUCUUUCCUGGACCCCAACUGGACCUUGGGCAACCCAGGGACCCCGUCGUCUUCCCCCAGAAGGACCCCUCAGAGCUCUCCACGUUCCCCCUGCAACUCCUCCUCACCCGCCCACUCCCCGGCGGGUCCCAGAGACUACCCAGAAGGCUUCGAGCCCCUGCGGUCCGAACAGCUCGCAAUGAUCAGCACGUCCAACUGCCCCGUUGUUAAGAAUCCUUUCGUGUCGCCGCUGCUGGCCCCUGACGACUUACUGAGAGGCCUUCCACCUGUACACAUUGUGGCGUCAGCUCUGGAUGCCUUGCUGGAUGACUCGGUGAUGUUUGCCAAGAAGCUGAAGACCAUUGGCCAACCUGUGAGCCUGACAGUGGUGGAAGACCUCCCACAUGGCUUCCUCAGCCUAUCACAGCUCUCCAAGGAGACACAAGAAGCCUCUGACAUCUGCGUGGCUAAAAUCCGAGAGGUCUUCCAGGCACACUUCACAUCUUUUCGCAAACGACCUAAUUUAGGAUGGACCAAUCACGCACCCGGAUCAUCGAAUGGAGGGACCAAUCAGGAUGAAGAUUUUUGUCACGGCGGGAACCCUAAUAAAACAUAGAGGAUUAUAUACGUAACCUCGUUUUGCACAUUCAGCCUGUCAUGGAAUCCAUUACUUAAGUUGACUUACUCUGAGUUAUAAGCAGUGAGGUUGUUUUAUCAGUAUUUGAUACAACAGGGAUUUGUAAAUUCACAUUUGAGCUUCUGAAAACAACAUUUCAGUGAAACUAUUAAGUAACUUGAAGGGAAAGGAGCAGGGUUUUCAGGAUAUAUUUAAUACAUGGGGAAAAAAAGAAGACUUGAGGAAAAAGUUAACUUUAAGGAGACUGGAAAUAAAUGUGGCCGUGUCAGGGCUGUACUCUUGACACAAAGGAGUCAUUCACAUCACUAACUAUCCAUUGCAUCUCACAAAGUUUAACCACAAAGGCUUGUGUAUAAGUGCAAAGACACAAGCACAAAAGCAAUACAUUACCAUGUCCAGCCAUUGUAUUAAUGUGUGAGCUGUUGUGCCUUCAACCUAUUUCUACAGUAGAUGAGCCGUAUUGCACAAACCCUUCCAUGUGGAUGCAUAGAAAGCUUCUCACAAUUUUGUCUGUACGAAGAUAGGAGUUAUCAAGCUUAUAUCAAGCUAACAACACACACAUACUUUAGGUUAGACAUGAGCUGCUGUUAUUUCGAGUGUUUAAGGCCUAACACUGUUCACAAAAGUUAUACUUACCAGCUACUGUAAAUGUGAGUUCUGAAUAUUUAAGAUGUUUUUGAAUGUAAAUCAAAAUAUAUUGGUUACACAUCUGUGUCAUUUUCUGUGUUGAAUUGUUUAAAUAUUUAUCAGUUAAAGUUCUGAUCUAAUUUUAAAGGAUAAAAGACGUAGUUUAAAUACAACUAUCAGUGUUGCAGAACA